CAAACAUGGCGCUUUCCAAUGGAUGUUCUUGUCGAUUAGCUCCAUCUAUUCUCAAUGCAGAUCUAUCGAAUUUGGCUGCUGAAUGUCAACGGUUGAUGGAUGCUGGUUCUGACUAUCUUCACUUGGAUGUUAUGGAUGGACAUUUUGUGCCUAACUUAACUUUCGGACAUCCUGUUGUAAAAUGUUUACGUCCCAAACUACCGGGAGUAUUCUUCGAAAUGCACAUGAUGGUUGCUGAUCCUGAAAAGUGGAUAGAGAGUAUGGCAGAUGCUGGUGCAAACAUGUAUACAUUCCACUAUGAAGCAACUAAAGAUCCAGUUGAAUGUAUAAGAAAAAUUAGAGAGUCUGGCAUGAAGGCUGGUAUGAGUGUUAAUCCUCCUACAGAUGUUGAAGUUCUUCUCCCUUACAUAGAUCUAUUAGACUGUGUUCUGGUUAUGACUGUCAACCCAGGAUUUGGUGGUCAGAAAUUUAUGUCCGAGUGUUUGCCCAAGAUAGAAUACCUAAGGAAAAGGUUCAAGCAUUUGGAUAUUGGAGUGGAUGGUGGUGUAGGACCAAAAACUAUUCAAGAAUGUGCUGAUGCUGGUGCAAAUUUAAUCGUGUCAGGAAGUGCCUUGGUCCAGCAUGAGAACCCUGCAGUUUGUAUAGCUGACAUGAGGAACAUCGUCAAUACUGCACUGGAGUUGAUACGCCAAUAACUAAUUAACUGUUCAAUUUAUUUUAAAACCUACUAAUGCAUUAUAUUUGUGAGAAUCAAUUUUACAUUAUUUUAACAUGUGCAAUUUUAUAAUUCAUAUUUGGUGAUUUUUUUAUAUAUAGAUUGUCAAUAUCCAAAAUGAAAUGAUUUUAGGGAAUUAGUAAAUUAUUAUUAACUGUCUAGAUUAGAAUACUUUGCCUGUAAGAUUUAUAUGUAAAAGGUUUUUAUAACUGGAUCCAAUUGGUUUUUUUUUUUGUUUUUUAAAAAGGAAUAAAAUGUUUAUUAUAUAAUGAAUUGAU